CAGACACGCUGGUGCGACGCGGCGUGGAGGCAGACGGACUCACAGCAGCAGCAGCAGUAUCAGCGUCGGGUGGAUCCUGCAGAGGUUUGCUGCAUCCUGACGGUGAUCAUGAGACACAAAACAUCCGUCACGAUGUGAACGUUAAAUUCUUCAAUGGAGCUUCGUCUCCCGCUGCGCGUUCCCGCGCUCAUUCCCGCAAUCGGUGGUGAGACGGAGCUGCUGCGGGCGGAGGGUGUGAGUCCAGACCGGAGAAGAGCUUCCCGCUGCGGAUGAUGUGUUUUUCCUGCCUUCCUGUCUUCCCUCCUCUCCCGGUGAACGUCGUGCUGAACGGUUCCGUCAAACCGUUUUCUCUCAAACAGAACCAGGACUAGAACCGAGGCCGAGUCAAGAUGAAGUUUCCCACCGAAAAUCCGAGAAAACCAGGGACCGUGAACCCCCCACCAGUGGCGGUCCAGACCAACAUGGUCCUCCCUAAGAAGGUCCAGCCAGGCAUGCUUCAGUCCAGUCUGGUCCAGGCCAGUGUGGCCACCAUGCAGAACCCGAUGGGCUGUGCCGUGCCGCGUCUCUCUGUCUCCACGCGCCCCGCCAGCGUGGUGGCCAGCAUGGAGGCGGUGGUGGAUGGCUCAGUGCCCUUCGCCAUGAUGAAGCUGAAGACGGUGCUUGCGGUGUUUGUGGUGGUAGUGCUCUACCUGAUGGGAGGGGGGCUGGUGUUCCGGGCGCUGGAGCAGCCAUUUGAAAACAACCAGAAGAUCACCAUCACGGCAGAGAAGGCCGCCUUCCUCAACAAACACCCGUGUGUGUCCCGCAACGAGCUGGAAGCUCUCAUCAAGCACUCUGUGGACGCUGUGAACGCCGGCGUGAGUCCUAUCAGUGACACGUCGUAUAACUCGAGUCACUGGGACCUGGGCAGCUCCUUCUUCUUCGCUGGGACGGUCAUCACAACUAUAGGUUAUGGAAACAUUGCUCCAAGCACUAAGGGGGGGAAGAUCUUCUGCAUCCUGUAUGCCAUAUUUGGUAUUCCUCUGUUUGGCUUCCUGCUGGCGGGCGUUGGCGAUCAGCUGGGAACCAUUUUUGUGAAAAGCAUCGCGAAGGUGGAGAAAAUGUUCAGAAACAACCACAACCAGAUCAGUCAGACUAAGAUCCGUGUGGCCUCCACCCUGCUCUUCAUCCUGGCGGGCUGCAUCCUCUUUGUCACCAUCCCCGCGGUGAUCUUCCAGCACAUUGAGGGCUGGUCGGCGCUCGACUCCACAUACUUCGUGGUCAUCACGCUGACCACGGUCGGGAUCGGAGAUUAUGUGGCAGGGGGGGACCGUCGUACUGAGUACAGUCAGUGGUACCGUCCUCUGGUCUGGUUCUGGAUCCUGGGGGGUCUGGCGUACUUUGCCGCGGUGUUGAACAUGAUCGGAGACUGGCUGAGGGUUUUGUCCAAGAAGACGAAGGAGGAGGUUGGAGAGAUUAAAGCUCAUGCUGCAGAGUGGAAAGCUAACGUGCGAGCGGAGUUCAGGGAGACGCGGCGGCGGAUGAGCGUGGAGGUCCAUGACAAGCUUCAACGUGCCGCCACCAUCCGUAGCAUGGAGCGGCGACAGCUGGGAUUGGACCAGCGCGCUGUGUCGCUGGACAUGUUGUCCCCAGAGCGCCGCGCCAUCUUCAACAGCUUGGACACCAACAACUGCAAGACCUCCUCCCAGGAGAGCAUCGACAUCAAGCUCAACAACCUCCGCCUGCGAGGGGCGGAGCACUGCGAUCGUCACUCUGACCACAAGACCACAUCCGAGGACAACAUCUUCAACCGGCUAGGCUCCGUCACCAAACUCACCAAACGCAGUCGUAACCGAGAGCUGAAGAAGAACAUCCCAGAUGAGACCCGCCGGCCGCACAGUGAGACCUACAGCUGCGGCACGCCUAUCUUCGACUGCAGCACGCAAUCCGCUGACGAAGGAAAGAGGAAGGAUGAGGGAGACGACGACAGAGAAGACAAGGAGUGCAACACAAGCUUGUCUGAUUUCCCGCUGGUCGUGGAAGCAUGUAAAGCUCAGAACGGGUUUAACAUCGAGACCAAAGAGUCUGAGAGCGAGAAAAAGCCUCAGACCUCGGAGCUGCAGAUUGAGAUGGACCCAUAGACAGAGAGAGGUUUGAAACUCACCCAUCAGUGCCUUAUGUCUCUUAUUCAUGAUAAAGGAGGUCAACAGCUGCCCUCGUGUGCUGUAAACUGUGACUUCACACUUUCACUGUGCUUUAUUCACAUGCAGUGUUUGUGCCGAGAAACAGAGGUGAAAAUGAAAACAGCUCAGUUCUCAGUGUUUCUGCACGGUCAUCUCGGCAUACAUCUGUAUUCCCUGUAUGAAUAAUUUCAUUCAUGACUUGACUCAUGAUUCCAGAUGGGGUUAGGGGUUAUGUCGUUUUUGUUUGACCGGGACUCUGACAAGUUGUUUCAUGACCACACCAUCACUUACUCACGUAUCACAGGAUGAACCAAUCAGUGACCUAGCUGCUGAACUUUAACAAAUACAUCAUCUUUACUCUUUAGUUUACCAAGAGGCUAGAUCAGGGCUUCAUGUUUAUCUAAUGAACCCUGGGCAUCAGGUAUCAGUCUUUGGACUUUUCACAUUUCUUACAUUGAACAUGAAGCUGCUGCAUUGUCUCUCUCAACACUUACAGAGAUUAAAAAAAAGAAGUGAAA